AUGAAAGAAUUCACAAAUCCAACGUCGUACUCCCGACGUGUUAGAAGAUUUUUGGGAGUCUGGGAAAGAUCGAGACCUGGACCACACACCGGAGCUCUAACCAACUGCACCUCCCUAACCGCGGCCGGCCGUUUUCGUGAGAGGCAGUAUCAAUUAGCAGCGGAGAAACGUAACGAGGCAUACCUAAGGCAAAGUUAUUACAAGGAGACAGCAAGAUAUUUUGAAAGAGAAAGUGGAAUAGCUAAACAUUACGAUUCUUGGAACUUGAAGCUUGCUGCUGAUCCAAGGGAUUCGACGAAUUUAUUUAAAACCAAUCAAGAGAUUAAUCGUACCAAUUCGACUUAUAAAAAGAACAAUAUGUCCAAUUGGAACGAUCAGAAGGAUCGAUACGAUAAUAAUAUUGAUCUAUUAGCACGUAAUAGAAAAUAUUCGGCACGUUAUGCACGUAGGAGUUUGGAGAAUACAAAUGUUAGACCUGGCGAUGAUAUUUUCGACAAUUUAUCACGUCGUUUGCAGGAAUCUAUGAUGACGACAACCAUGAGUACGGUUAGCAGCAAGAUGGCGGACGAUGACAAAGAAAAUCUUAAUGUUGACGUAGUAGAUGAUUCAACAACCACCACGCCGAUACAAACGAAUAUGAUCGAAUUGACAGAUCAAGAGGAUCCUACGAUCAUUUCGCAGGACGUUUCUGAUAAGGAUUAUACAUUGAAUAGGACCGAACAAGAGAUAACGACGAAUAAUAUUGCAAAUGAUAAACAAAUUAUAGUUGAUCAUUGUGAUUAUGAAAGGGAAAGGGGUUAUCCCUGGAUGAGGAUGGAUCCUAAUGUUAAAAAUCUUUCUGAAAAAAUGUAUCUUUAUUUGACCUAUAAAGAGCUCAAAGAAAAGAUAGAUGAUCUAUUGAAAAAGGAGGAACAUGCUCGCAAUAGACAAAGAUGGGAUGAUGCCAUUAGAUUAAGGGAUAUGAAGAAUGAAUUGGAAUUGAUCAGAGAGAAAAAGAUAUUUAAUAUGAAGAGUCUUACAAUGGAUGAGGAUGUUAGGGAUAGGGCACUUAAAAAUAUCGAUGAAAGGGAACGUGAACUUGCCCUAAGGGUUGAUGCUUGUACGGAUACGUCGAUGUAUAGCGAUGGCGCAAAGGUUCUAUGGGAGAAAUGGAUUAAAGAGGAUGACAGAUUCGUUAUUAAGGAUGCCACGACUCAAAGGGAAAUUCUGAUGAAGGAAUUGGAAGAGGAAUUUCAAAAUUUGGCCGUUGAAGACAGAGAACGAAUCGCUAAGACAUAUCAAAGUGUCUUCAACAACUUGCAUUUGGAAAAUCGUCAUCAUCUCAAUACUAACUUAGUGGCGGAGGCCAAAUCCAAAUCUAAUGCGACUGGUGGGACAGAUUAGAAAGAUAUAUAUAUAUAUAUAUAUAUAUAUAUAUAUAUAUAUAUAUAUAAUAUGUAUGUGUUAGAUCAAGCAUUUUUUUUUGCUUUUAGUACCUAUCAAUCUCUCUCCCUUUCUCUCUCUCGUUUGCUAUGUGUUUAUAAUAUUUUUAUCAAUUUAUCUAAUCACAAAUUAAUUUAUCCAAGAAAAAAAGAGCAUCUAAAACGUCAUCAGAUUAGAACGAUAUAAUCCUUAUUUAGUUUAUCAUUCGUAUUAUCAUUUUGUUUAAAUAAAAUUGAAUUAUCGAUUAGUAUUAUAAAGACCAUAAAGUUCGUCGUUGUAUUCUGAAUCCCUCUGUGAAUUUGGUAUUUUUCUUUUUUUUUUUUUUUAUUUAUUUAUUUAUUUUUUUUUUUUUCUUUCGUUCUCUCUUCACUAAUCCUAUCUCCAAAUUCAUUGUUAUUAUUACUUUGAUCAGGAAUUGAAGAAUCGAUUAGUAAUAUUAUCAAUAAUUUUAAGUUCGUUGUAUUCUGACUUUUGUGAAUUAGAUAUAUUUCUCUAGGAUAUAUUUUUCUUUUCUCUAAUUCGUUCACUAGAUUAUUAUCAUUAUUAUUUUGAUUAAAAAUUCAAUUAUUGAUUAGAAUUGUUAAGAUCGUAAGUUUCUAGAUAAGUUUAUAUAUUUGUUAUUCUGAAAAUUUGAUACGUGCCAAUUAGUAUUACUUAAAUAAUAUCAUUAUAUUUCGUUUAGGGGAUUCAUUUUUAGCAAUAUAAAAUUUAUUUUGAAUUUUGUAUGUUAAUCGAAAUUAUCUCUGAUCAAUGGAUAAUGCACAAUAACAAAGAAAAAUUUUUCCAUAAUGUUGUAACGUGAAAGUAUUAUAAUAAGAAUAUUGUUUAUAUGUAAAAUGCAAGCUUUGUAGAUAAUAAUGAUAAAUAAAUGAAAGUUAAUCGUGAUAAA